AUGAGGUUCUUUGCGUUAUUCUUCCUGAUAGUGUUCUUGGUGUCGAUAGAUCCUUCUUCUGGUUUUUCUCUUAUUAGAAGGCUGAACCCAUGUCGCGUUAGUGUUGCGAGCACGUUGAAGCUGUGUGCUUCCACGGCCAACGGCGAGGAAUCUAAGAGUGGUGAAGCCCCCGUGGACGAAGCGUUCGAGCCGUACCGUGGUCCUCAGCCAGUGGAAGCCCUUCCCGACAUUUUUGUGCCCCAAGUAUUGCCGGAGGAAGUUGACGAAGAACUGCUGUGGGUUCCUCAGACAGACACGGUUUCGUUUCGUCCGUUGUGUUUGUGCACAUCCGGCGGCUACUACGUGAACUUACUACGAGUCAAAGGCGCGGGAUUGCUGUCUCGUCAUCGUCAUCCUGGUCCUGUCCAUGGCCAUGUCUUGAAGGGGCGCUGGAAGUAUCUAGAACAUGAUUGGGAAGCACAAGCUGGAAGUUACGUCUUUGAACCUCCAGGUGAAAUCCAUACUCUCGUGGUCCCGGAAGGAGUCGACGAGAUGAUUACUCUCUUUCAUGUCACGGGAUCCUUGCUCUACUGCGAUGUCGACGGAAAUGUCGUCGGAGCCGAUGAUGUAUUCACCAAAGUAGAAUUGGCCAAAAAACACUACGAAAAAGUCGGUUUGGGAGCUGACUUUGUACAGCAGUUUGUCAGGUAGCCAACGAAAUUGACGAUGAGCAUUAUCAACAAAGGACCGAAUGGUACGGCCGGCAAUUGAACACUACAAUGAGAAGAGGGAUGCGGGCUCACAUUACGGUAGCUGAUCGAUCGAAGGAAGCAUUCCUGCGUCGAUCAAGCAUGAGUUUUGGAUCUACAUGUAGCUAAGCUACUACAUGAUAGUCAAAAACGUGUAUCAAGUUUAAUUUUGUUCUACAAUACCUUAUCUAUGAAACCGCAUGGUAUGAUGAACUACGUAAUUUCUGCAGUCAAGUUCAGUUAGCCUUGACAAACUAGAUGUAACAAUAAAUAAAUGGCACACAAGUGCAAUAAGCCCAACCGGUUAGCUGUGGCCGGUGUCGUGUCGCACGGUCCUACGAAUACACCCAAAGAACCGUGUCAAUCAAAAUCAAUGCAUCAAUCCGUCUGAUGCUGCCUUGGUGUCCCGUUUUAAAAGAAGCAACGCGUGUUGUGUUCCAUUUACUAGUAUGAUGCGGGCUCCACCUUGAUAGGGACACCAAACUUGAUGGAUGCCUCGUCCAGUAUCCUCCGGCACUGAUAAUAAGGGGAAUCGGCAAAGAAGAAGAAAUCGGCAUCGUUGUCUUUCGAUGGAUCCAAUGCGUCAAUUCCAUAAAAGGAGAUGCUAUACCAGGACCGAUCUCUUAGGGACAGCAAGCCAAUGAGAGCCAGCACGAUGGUCUGAAGGUUCUCUAGCUGCUGCUGCUGUUGAGGAGGAGUUUUGGAAGUUGAAAGUUGAGAUGAAACAGACUUGUCGGAUGCCGGAACAAAGUCGCUUUGAAGAAUGUGGAAUUGCAAAGAGACAAUGUCCACGUCUUGCUGCACUUGCCCCAAUAAGGUGACAGUGGUAUCCACACAGGAGGCGAGAGUGCGAGGAUCGAGAGAUUCAUUGCGGAGGUCUAGGUCCAUUUUAAGUGUCGAUUGGAACUGAACCGUUUUCCACAUUUCCUUGUGUUUUUCCAUGAGAGGGAUUAAUUGCCGACACAGGCGGGUCUUUUGAAAUUGCCAUCUUCGAAAGUUUUUGGCAGGAAUGACAUCCACAAACAGAAUGGAGUGGCAUUGGUACUCCAAUAGUUUAGACUCCAAAAGUUCCAAAUCCCAAGGUUGGUCCACAUAGUUGGUUAGCUUGAGUGUAGCAUUGCUACUAGUACUAUCCUUGCAUGUACUACCAGCAAUAGGUCCUUCCACAUUGUCAAGGCUCAUCCAUGGAUCACUGAAAUCUUCCUCCUCUGCAAUCUCUGUAGAAAGAGUACUACAAGAGGAACUUCUGUUGCUCUUGCAAGUAGUAUUUCCUGACUCUGCCUUUUUAUCAGUACACGCAGCAUCAGUACUACAUGUACCGGUACAUGUACGAGUAGUGUCCACAUCUAGCAAGAUGUGAUCAAAGCAAAACUGAUUGUAAUCAUCAACAUCAUCCAACAGCUUGACUUCGUCAUUCAAGUUACUUGCUCCAUCUGUACCAGGGCUUUCGCUACUAGCAGUACCCGUGGUAGUAGAACUAGCUGCUUGCUUGCUGCUAGCGGCACUGCGUCGACCACCGCGCUUGAGAAACUUGGGCACCUUCAUGCUGAUGUACUGUAGUUCCUGCUUCAGCUUGUUAGCUAGAUAGCUAGAUAGCUUCUUGUUAGUUGGCUACCGGUAGCUAGAUAGCUAGUGGCAACUAAUAUAUGCGUAAGAGCUAAUUUGAUUGUGAGACUGAGCAA